UAGGAGCUUUCGGGUCUUAACGUCCGUGGUCUGAAUCUCUUCCUUUGGCCACCUUAUUAUUCCUGCAGGGUAUCUGAUCACUGGCAGGGCAUAGCUGUUUAUUGCCCGGGUCUUAUUCUUGCCUCACUCGCUGGAGGUAUUUGGCCGUAGCCGCUUUCCUUGUUGCCAGUUCGAGGUUGCCAUUGGCUUGUGGUAUACCGAGGUACUUGUAGCUGUCCUCAAUGUCUGCUAUUGUUCCUUCAGGGAGUGAGACCCCUUCAGUGCGGACUAGCUUUCCUCUCUUAGUCACCAUCCGACUACAUUUCUCAAGCCCGAAUGGCAUCCCGAUGUCGCUGCUGUAAAUCGUGGUUGUGUGGAUCAGAGACUCUAUGUCCCUUUCGCUCUUAGCAUACAGCUUUAUGUCAUCCAUGUCGAGGAGGUUUGAUUCUCUCCUCUUUCAUCUCAAACCGCUUCAAACAAAGCGUGUGACGGAAAAGUGGUUAGGACUGCACGACUGUCCGUGUUUUAUGUUAUGUGUUGUGUUUAUUAUUUUACUUUAUGUUAACUGUUUUGUAAAGCGCUUUGUUACAGCUGCCGCUGUUGUGAAAGCGCUAUAUAAAUCAGCAUGUAUUGUAUUGUAUGUCUGCCACUGUUAUGGUAACAGGCUUCUGUUCAGGGAGGUUGCUGUGCUCCUCUCUCAGGGGCACCAGCCAUUGUGCACUGUUGUUAUGUGUAACCUUCUUCUCCCCUAUGCCUUUCCAGUACCUUUCAGUUUCCAGUCUUGGUGGGUCAGCUCUGUUGUUAGGACCCUGCCACUGAGCGUACACUUUCGCAGGUUGUGUUGCGAACAGCCUGUUUAUUCGUCUGGCCUCAUUCUCUUUCGUGUACCGCUUUAGGCGGCUGGACAAGGCUUGGAGCCUUUGUUUGGCAGUUUCGAGUGCUUCAGAUAUGGUCAUCUGGAUGUACCUUUCGGUUAUUGGCCUUUUCAUCACACCUCCGUCAAUUGGCUCACAUCUUUCCAAGCCGCCUUGAUCUUAGCCUCCAACCGUCUUUUCCAUGGUGGGUAACGUAUCGCAUGGCUUCCAUGGUUGCUCUUAUAGCCCAGCAUCUCAAGGAUUACUGAUGCUGAAGCGUAUAUCAGCUCAUUGGUUUCCGUGAUGGUUACGGUCGGGAUCGUCCUCAGUGCUGCAUUUACACUUUCCAUGAGACUUUCAGGUGGUACUUCACAUAGCAGUUGUAAUCGGUUUCUAGGUUGCCCAGCUUUCAUUCUCGCCAUGAUGUUAGCUUUCAGGUCAGUUGCUGCCUCGCUCAGCAUUUCAUUCAUUGGGGCUGGCCUCCCAAUCUCAUCAUCUGCAUUCAUUGGGGCUUGCUUCCCAAUCUCUGGUAUGACCUCCUCCUCUGAUCUGGCAGCCUGGGGCCCUUCACCAUGGAACCUCAUCAAUCUCAAGUUGUGACAGCAGUUGCCGUUUGUGGAUGUUGGAACACUGAGCUAUUAGUUGUUUUGUGGUCCACCGUGACUGUGGGUUUUGAAGUAACCAUUUAGCCCACAUUCUCUGCAUGUAACCACUCUGACUAGGGUUGCUUGAGUAGUAGCAUUCCAACAGAGCCAUGUUAUCGCAUCUUGCCCAUCUCCAGUAGCCCAUUUUUCAUCAUGGUGCUCUGGUUCCCCCGCACCUGACGCAGACCUUGUUUGGCCGGGCGACGUCUGAGUCAUUCGAAUGUCAUUCGAUUUAUUGUCUCUCAUCAUUGUAUGAGGUAGGCAUUCGCGUGAAGGAUCUUGCAAGGACCCACACUGGAUGGUAUUAUGUGCUCAUUAUUUUGCCCCAAGCGGGAUUCGAACCACCGUCUCCUGUUUGCCAAACCGAUGCCUUACCAACUGAGCUAUCCAGCCGCUAUAUAUAUAUAUAUAUAUAUAUGAGCAGUCAAACGAUUAAAAUAUUUAAUCUAAUUAAAAAUGCAACUGUCAUAAUUAACUCAAAUGAACUAAAAAAUUAAUCGUGAUUACUCACACAUUUUUUAUCAUUUCUGAAUUUCCUUUUACAGUUUUUGUCCUAUUUCUCCCCAUUUUAAUGCUCUCAUCAACAUGGAAUCAUGAAUCAAUUUCUAUGUGCCAAAUGCAAAUAUUUACUGAAAUAACAAUUUCGAUUUUCAAUUUUACAUGAAUAUUUUUCACUUGGAGCAGUUAUUCACACAUAAUCUUUCACACAAUAUUACUGUCCAUCAACAACAGUGAAACAAAAUAUUUUGUCACACAACAGCUGCUUUAACAGCUUUUUUAAUGAAAUCAAAACAGAGCAAUAUAACAUUAUAAAGUGCACAUCUAAGGUAAACUAGUGCUCAACAAUAUAGUGGAUUCAAACCAUGGUUGCAUACUUCGUUUUUCCCACGUUUGUUUCUAUAUGUUUGUUGAAGAAUAAUGAGACACCGGACACCAGCGUUCGUUAUGUGCCUUGUAUUCAAAACUGCCGGCCGUACAAACAGGAGCACGCACUUCCCCCGUGCUACUGAGGCAAACCAUUCUGAAAGAGGGGAGUUUCACUCCCCCUAACACAGUCGGGCUAUGUUGAUUGUGUUUGUCCUUCUUGCGUGGAAGUCUCUCUACGGUUUUGUGUAGACGUCAUUUCGGAUGACUACACUUGGUUCGAUGACAACACUGGAGACGUUUUAUUUUCGCUAGGUCGCUACCAUUACAGCGCACUGUCACUGUCAGAUGAACACAGAGAAGCUCAGAACACUGUAACCUUUAUUUUUUAAGACCAUGUCAUUUUAAAAUCUAUAUAUAAAACUCCUCGACAACGAAAUCAUGUUUGCAGCAAGAAAUUUUUCACAACAGGGGUUUUGUCACUGUAACAAAUUUAGUCUCAGAUGUAAGCACACACACACACACAAUUGGAUGUGUACUCUUUAUUUUUAUUCCAAUAGUGCAUAAUUAUGAGCACACACUUAUUUGACACUUUGCAUAGUCAGUGUGGAAAGAAAAAACGGGAAAGAAAUUGCGAAAGUAGCAAAUUUGAUCUCAGAUGUAAACACACACACACACACGCACACACACAAUCGCAUGUGUACUCUUUAUUUUUAUUCCAUUAGCGCAUAAGUAUGAGCACACACUUAUUUAACACUUCAUAUAGUUAGUGUACAAAGAAAAAAAGGGAAAGAAAUUGUGAAAUUUACGAUCAGCAUUCACUUUCGCUUACAUCAAUUUCUUAGAUAAUGUCUUUUAUUUUGCUUCUUCCGUCUUUCAUUUUGAUCACUUCUCCCCUCUCUUCCAGCGUCAGAGCGUUUCUUGUCUUAGCUGCUUGACAUCCAAAGAUCCGUUUUGUAGCCAUUUUAGCAAUGCUGCUUCUGAAUCUAACAAUAACAGAUUUCCAGACUUCCUGGACCCGGGGGCUUUUCUUUCCACUAUCUCACUGUCUCUAACUCGACCUCGCUCGAUCGCCACCCAAGACAGCAUUGCUCAGCUGAUGUCAUGGAAUGAACUUUUAAGCCAGCCACGGGACGCUUGUAGUCCUCGAUGGCCAUAGUUGGCGCGAUGGAACUCGCCUUCUCUCAAAUUAGCGCUCCAGUUAGCGUAAGGUUUUCAGCAUAAUAAUGCUCAGCAUAAAUAAGUAGACAACAAAAUGGUAAGUCAGAAAAAGUCUUUCUUUUCUUCAAAGUACAAAUGUGGGCCACUGAUUGCAAAUGUGAUUUGUCAAUAUGCACAAAAAAGGGCUUUUUAAAUUAGUGUAGCUGAAUUUAAGUCAUUUGUUAUCAAAAGUCAAAAAAUUGUCUUUGUGUUCACUGAGAAGCAGCUAAAAAUCGCAUUUUUCCAAGGGGUUGGGGGAGGGGGGUGUUCAUUUCUGCUGAGCAGUGUGUGUUAAAAUGAAAGAAACUUUCAAAGAUGUGUUUAAAAUAGCACGUUUUGUGCAUCACAUCCUGUCACAUGGGAGUGUCACUUGUCUCUCCACAAUCUUGUCUAUCCUCACCAUAGCAACCUCCCUCUUCCGUCCACACACAGGUUCUUAAGAAGGCUUUGCUUUCUAUCAUUAGCCUCCCUGCUUUGCCUCCUCCUCUACCCUCUCUCUAUCCUCCCCCUCCCUCCUCCAUGUUCCCGAUUAGUGACUGCCAUUUUAAUGUAGGAGCUGAAGAAGCAUCUCAGUUCAAGAUUCAAAGUGCAGAGACACAAUAGCUUGAACAAAAACAUGUUAAAACUUUCUGUUUGACUCAACCAAUCAAACUUUUCGAAGACCAUUCCCCUAUGGCAUUUUCAGAUUGUCUUUGGACCAUGUUUCCUAAAAAUGUGUGUGUGAGAGUACAGAAUGCAGACUGUCCAAGAAGGGAGUUGGCACCCUCCGCACAAGUCUAAUCAUGCGUCAGCACCCAGGCCUCGACCACCUUCCAGCUCGCGCCUUGCCUUUGUGGAGACAGCUACGCCAGCGAAGAGGAUCACCUUCUACAGAAGUGGGGACAGCCAGUUUGGUGGUGUCAGGAUGGCCAUCCACAAGCGCAGCUUCAAAUGCUUUGAUGCCCUGCUGGAUGACCUUUCACAAAAGAUGCCCCUUCCAUUUGGUGUGCGGACUGUGACCACCCCCCGCGGCACACAUGUUAUCAAACAUCUGGAGGAACUCCAGGAUGGGGGUUGUUACCUCUGCUCUGACCGGCGGCAGCCAAAACCAAUCAACAUGGAGCAUGCAAAUAAAGCCCGAAGCAUUUGGCACCAUCACGGCCGAAAAACCACUCAACCAGAAACCUUGCCCACGUUCUCAUCCGGCCUUCUACCUCACAGACAUCGACGGAUCCUUCUGAUUAAAAAUACAGAGCCAGGGAUGCGGAGGAGUGUGGUCCUGAACAGGAGUUCAAUCCGAAGUAUGAGGGCCUUUCUUGAGGAGGUGUCUGAGGUGAUGCAGUUCUAUGUCCGAAAAAUGUAUACUGCAGAGGGACGCAGGGUUGACAACGUUCAAAGUCUGAUGACCUGCCCUGGAGUUUUGGUGUGUGUCGGCAGAGAGGCCCUCAGUCCAUUGCUGAUGAAGAUCCUGCGGAAGAGCUCAGAGGAAAAACUGCCAGGUUUGAGCAACAAGUCUCCCGGGCUUGGUCGCAGGACUCCUGAAAAUGGGGCUCGAUCCCCUGGUAUUCGAGAAGCAAGAUCACCCCCGCAUGGAGCUCAGUCCAGAACCAGUGAGUGCAGUGAGGGACAGGAAGGCAGGAAAAGUGUUAACUUUGGUCUGGAAACAAAAAAGAGCAUCAUACACCCUCGGUCUGAUUCAUCUACCCGCUCCACUCGAUUGUCUUUGUCCUCAGAGAAGUCCUUUGGCAACGGUAUAAGAGCACACUCGCAACAGAGACCGGCUAUUAUGAAUGAUGAUAUUGAAAAGCGUGUCCUAGUCAACAAGGAUGGCAGUCUCUCUGUGGAGAUGAGGGUGCGUUUUCGCCUCCGCAAUGAUGAGGCCUUGCAGUGGUCCACAGAGAUCGGAAAAUCGCACUCUUUGACAAGUGACUACUGCCCUCCAAGCCAUGCCCACCCCCCGUACUUACAAAACUGUCAAUCCGAAAGCUGCUCUGAUUGUGCAACUGUUGACACAGAUUAUAUGGACUACUCCAGUCAUGCGUUGCAAGUGAGCCAGUGCCACUGCUGCUACCAAAUGCAAGAACAGCAGUUCAACCUAUGGGAAAAUCCAAUACACAGUCAUAAGCAGCCACCCGUCCCACCCCCAUAUAUGUCGAGCCAAACCCACACUACAGUAAGACACACACAUUCUUCUGGCUCUUCCUCAUCUUGUAACUCGAUGAGAGUAGUGCGUUGCCAGGCAAAACUCUCCAACUGUGGAAGAGGUUUGGAUUCAGAGCAUAGCCAACUUGUCCAAGAGGAAACCUGUGUCGUGGAACAAGUAGAGCGUAGAUUAGACAUGGGGGAAAUUGAAGACACUAACUUAGAGGUGUGUAUGAUGAGUAGGUGCUCCAGUCGCAGUGAAGUGGUCACCCUGAAUGGCAAUGCACGAUCUCCUAGCGAGAGGUCGGUUGUGGAUAAGGCGAUGGAAGAAGAGGUGGAUCAAACACUGUCCAGAGUCAGCAGCUCAUCGCAUGUACUGCAGUCAUUAAAAGAAGACCAAGAUGUUGAUGAUGACCUGUCACCGAGCGCUUCGCAAUGCUCCCACAGAACUGGGCCAUCCCCGAAACCUCCAUUGAACAACAAUCAGCCAAUCAACCUCUCGGGUGAGCUCAACGAGCCAGAUGGCCAGAAGGAUCAAGCAAAUGGAACAGCAUCUGCAUCUCCCACCUCAUGUAUGUGUGUAGCUGAGAUGAAAGAUCAAACUCUCAGAUUCAGCUCAAAUGUAAGUAGAGCUUCUUGUAUCUCCUCCAAAGUUGUGAACCAAGCACACGAGAGUGAAGACAUAAUAAGCUUUGUUAAAGCUUCAUCUGGCAUCUCAGGUCUGUCUCGGAUGUCAAGUGUGUGUCCUCACUGUGGGGGCUACAAAUGGGCAGUCACCUCCAAUCGCAGUAGUAGAGCUUCAGGGAGAUCAUGUCACACUGCUCAAGCCCAUUCAAACCCGCAUUCACCUAUCCAAAACCAAGAGAGUACAAAUGACUGUAUGAACGAUGAUGCUUUGUCUACCCAAUCCAAUAAAUCCAAUCUCACAGGACAGAGAUCUGCCAUAGCCGAUGUCCUGAAAAGUGAAACAUCCAGUGCCAUUUCUAGGAUGUCCAGUCCUGAGCCAACAAGAAAGCAAGAAAGAGUCAGCUCGACUUCAAGCCACAAAUCCAACACACCACAGAAAUCUGUUUGUACGAGAGCCACAAGUGAAAAUAACAUAAAGAGAAGCGCCAGUGCUAUGUCAGAUCAGUCCAACAAGUCUCACAAGUCCAACUUGAAUGGCACCGUUGAAGGUUCCAGUGUCACAACAACAGAGAGAGCAGAGGGAGGAACCUUGUACAAACAAGACUCAAAAUCUUAUAUCUUUGACAAUGCAACUUUGGAAGACAGUCGAUCUCAUAGCCAUCCUUCUGUAAAUUCCAAUGUUUCUAUCAACUCUGGCACGGAAGACAGAUCCAAUAGUGUCCUCUCAACUACAUCAUCAAAGUCAAAUAUUUCAGGAAAGUCCAAAAUAUCAUGCCACAAGUCCACCAACAGUCAAUGGGCAAUUGAUGAGACAGUGGCGGUCGAACCAAAUAAAACGGAGGAAGAAACAGAUAUGUGCCUGGAAAAUCCAGACAUUGAAGGCAACAAGCAAGACUGUCAUACAGCUGAAGAAAGUGCUUCCAAUGCUAUGUCUGCAAAAUCGACAACCUCUUUUUGUAAAACCUGUGUCUCAAACUGCACUGCAGAUUCUCCCAAUCUAAAGGAAUCCAAUGUUUCCUCGAUUGAAGUAAAUGGAAGUAGGUUAAAUGAAGAUAAAGAGCGGGGAGUCAGCCCCAUAUCUAUCAAGUCAAAAUCUUCAUUGAGCCCAUCUCCCUCUCAUAAGUCAGUUUCUACCAAGACUCUAAAAUCAACAUCCCAAAAACCAAACGUGGUCACCAUUGAAACUCCACAAGAAGUUGAUGGGUUAAGUGAUGUAAUCGAGCCAGCACCAAAAACUGCUGACGGUGAAGAGGUGGAAGAAAGAAAUUCCCAAAGUAAAACCUCUGAACACUGUUAUGGUCAAAUGUUGUCACCUAAGAGAAUACGCUCAUCCUGGUCCCAUUUGCAGAAAGUUAGAGCUGCAUCACCUGGCAGUUCUAAUGAUAUAGCUUCUUCCAAAUCUGGAAGUUUUAAAUGCCAAUGUGUCGUAGCUUCAGCAUUUGAAGAGGGAAAGAAAAAAGAGGCAGCAGAGGAAAAUGAAGCAAAGAAACAGCGAGACAAAAUGGAACUAAAUGAAGUGGCGGACUCGAGAGGCACAGAGCAACUCGGUCAACAUUCAUCUGGGUCAGUGUCUUUUGGAUUGCCAGAUGAUCAGGAAACGUGUAACACAGACAGCUGCAAGUCCUGUAUUUCAUUUCACGCUGCCAAUAACAACAAGGAUGGCAUGAGGGCAGCAACUCCAAAUGCCCAGUCAAUAUCGUCUCAAAAUUCCAAAGUCAAUGAGAGUACCAGGGCAGUCGAUAUUCCUACCAUUGAUGCACCUGAACCUGAUGGGGAUGUUGACAACCAACCGAAGGAAAAUAUUUGUGCCAGCCCAGCCUCAAGCUCCAACACUAAAAGAAUCACUGACGAAAGAACCUCAUCUUCGCUGUCAUCGGUUAGUGCCAAUGUUAAACAUUCUAAGUUUGCUCAACAACCUGAUGGAGAUGUGACAACUGUUGAUUCUGACAAGAGUAGCUCCAAAAAGUCAGCAAGUAGAGCCAAAGAAAAAUACAAAAGCCUCAUCACCAAGGCAGCUAAUGCACACUCCAGUGGACUCUGUUCCCUCGGAUGUGACUUGGCAGCUGAUGCAAAUGUAAAUGGCUCGAAGCAGAGUAAAGGAGAAGCCACCGUCGAAGCAUCUGACAGUGGUAGUGUCCAAUCUGUCAAAACAUCGAGUUCUACAAAGAAAGGCAUCUCAGCCAGGUCCUCAAGGCAUAGCAACUCCAGAGCUUGCACUAAAGAGACACAUGGUGAAAGCACCGUGUCUGCUGCUGACCUUCUCAAAGGUACUAAGGCUGCAUAUCAACACUGUCAGGAGUCAAGUAAAGCAAGCAAAUCCAGCAGCAAACAGCAUUUAGAGAAAAACAAAAGGCAUCAGAAGGAUCAGGGUGAGGGGACAGAAGUGACCCCUGCUUGUCUACCCAAUGCAUCCCCCAGUGAAGUGGUCAGUGAUUGGUUGCGCAGCAUUCCUUCUAACAGCAACAUGAUCGCUCUUGAUGAGCUCAUUGAGGAUGUGCAUGGGAAGGAGGUGAUGGUUAAAGCUGAAGCAGAAGUAACAGAAUCUAAAGAAGAACAUCAUGAGGAAGAUAAGUCAGACAAGGUGGAGAAAGAAGUUGGGGGUGACCAAAAAGAAGAAGAAGGAUGUGCAACACUGAAUGAAGAAGAAAAUACAGAUCUGAUGACAGGUGUUGGUGCAGUAAAUGCGUCUCACCAGCCCAACUCUGCAUGGAUUAGUGGAAAGGCAUUACCCAAGGACUGGCGCUCUUCAGCUGCAGUGAUGAAGGUUCUUCUCAGCUCCUCUCUGGGACGAUGUAGAAGCUUGCCUGAGGUGUCUCCAGUUUAUGGCCGCAGACUAAGCACAUCAGCCAAGGGCCUCCUGGACUGUUUGGCCCAGCUUCAGCUAAUUGAGCCUGUCAAAAGUCAGAGCUGCAACAAACAUGAGAACAGAAACCCCCAGUACAGUGACAUUAUAGCCAUUCUCCAAUCCCUUUGGCUCACUGAACCUAGGGACAUUGAGCCCAAGGACACUGGUAUCGAACAAGCGACCCCACCAAGGUCCUCAUCAGGGGUAGGCAUGAGCAGUGGAUCUGGUGGCUCGGGAAAGGACCAAGACAAUCAAGUAGGAGAUGAAACCCUCCCCAAAGAGUCUUCACAUGAUGAUGAGGCUGAGGAGAAGAUUUCAGAGGAGAGAAUAGAACCACACAACCUAGAAACUAAGACUGAGGUCGAACAACCUUGGCAGAGCGAGAACCAAAGUGAAGUCCCCGCAAUUCUGGAAAGUCUGAAAGAUGCAAACCCGUCAUCAUUUGACAAAAGCUCUGCCAAUAAUAGCUCCAACUCCAGCACAACCACACCACCAACUGUUUUGCAAACAUCAUUGUCAAAUAAACCAUCCCAAGAUCCCGAUCCAGUAUGGGUCUUGCACCUUCUGAAGAAGCUGGAGAAGGAAUUCAUGAACCACUACAUUGAUGCCAUGGCAGAGUUUAAAGUACGUUGGGAUCUUGACGACAGCCGCAUCUUGGAUACGAUGAUUGCAGAGCUGAGGGAUGAGGUUAGUCAACGAAUCCAGAGCAGCAUUAAACGGGAAAUGAGUAAGAUCCACAGUCGAUCUGGUCGACGCGGGAAGUCACCACGGCCUCCAAACGGGGCAAAUCUAUCUAGGGAUUCCACCAUGACGGAGAAACGACGACGGAUGCUCAAGGUCAUGAAGAACCAGUCUGUCAAAACUGCCGAUUCCUUCAGCGAUAGCGAGAUGACAGCCGCGUUCAGCGACCAACGAAGUGAUGACGAAUACUGUCCCUGUGAUGCUUGCGUACGCAAAAAAAUGGCAGCACGGCCUCUCAAAAUGAACCCGGCAGCAGCCGAAGCUCCUGUGAUGAUGGAGUUUGAUCUCCUUAAAAUUCUUCAACGCAGGAAGACCCCAGCACCUGUCCCUACAUCUGCGCCACAGCUUAAUGAUAGGGGCGAUGGCAGUGUUGUCAUAGAAGAGGAAGUCAGGAGUUUAGGGGUUGUACAGGAGGAAGAGGAGGACAACGAAUCAAGCGAAGAGUUCAAAACUGAGGAGGCAGUUCCUGACGAGGAUGAGGAGGAUCCCGGUGAAGAGGUGAAACAUGAGGGUCAUGAAGGGCAAUAUGAUGACGAAACAGGGAACGGGGAAGCCCGGGACUCACAGAUCAGUGUUGCGAAAGAGUGCACAAGGGAAGAAAAACCUGAGAAGGCUGACAAAACAAUUGAUAACAUGGAAGGAGAAAGGGACGAGGAUAUUGAAGAUGACACCAAGACAGGCAAAGAGGGUGUUGGAACAAAAUAUAAUGAAGAGAAGGGCGAGAGCACCCAGGCAGAUGGAGGAGAGAUCACUGACAGAAGUGAAGAUGGAGUGGAUGCAGAGGAGAAUGAUUGCACAGUAGAAUCUCCAAAUCAAGAUCUUGAAGAAUCUACACAUUUGGAAGAUCAAGGAACCACCAAUGCUUCAGCCGGAGUAGAUGAUGAAGAUGUGGAGGAGGAGGAGAAGGAUCACAUUCGAGGGUCUCAAGAAGAAGGCGCAUCGUUGCAGAAAGAAAGAGCUUUACCAAAGGAUCUUAGUUCAACCGGUGAUGUCUGCGUGACCAAAGACGAGGACGCUGAUGCCGAAGACUCCGAAACUGACGCUAAACGUCCGAGUGACACCGGGGCAGGUGAUUCAGGAAACAAGAAGGAGACAGAGGAGGUGGAAGGAGGUGCAACUGCGGAUGGUGCUGUGCUGCAUCAGAUCACCAGGACCUCAGUGGAGUCAUUGUUGGGUUCUUUGGAAGACUGAGAGCCCCACUUCCACCUGAAAGACUGAAAAUGAACCGACACUUUGCGUAGGGAGUCUCAUUAACAUAUUGAUUAGAAGUGGACGCACCAAAACACUUGAUGCACUUUAUUUCUCUGCUGUUGGGAGUCUGACAUGAAACUUGAAAGAACAAUCUAGCCUACAGUCUUUAAUUGUACACAUUUAUUUGUACAUUUUCAAGUCGUAUUUCUAAGGAAUGUAGAAUGAGUGUUACAUGAGUCAUAUUUUACUAUUUUUUGUAUUUAAGGUGUUAAAUCCGUGCUGAUUUGGCAGACCUCUUGAUAGCUUUGGUAGUUUUUAUGUAUUAUUUUUGAAUUUGUGUUCUGUGAUAUAUUUCUCUGGAUCACUGACAAGUUGGUUCCAGAACUAGCUUCUCAAAUGUAAAAAUAUGACGCCCUUAAGAUUAUGGUCUAAUUUCGUUAUUUGAAAUGGAUUGGAGACAUUCAGCAGAGUAUAUUUAUUUCCUUUGAUGUUGAGUCACACAGAUGUUUCUAUGCUGUUUGUCUGAAACAGUUAGAAGCCUUAAUAAAGUGUCACCACCUUGA